AUGGUAUUUUGGACCUCGAAAACUGGCAUCGAAGCUAAUUACUCAUAUGCAGGAACUCCUAGUUUUGCUGUAGAACCAUGGUUGGUCUACACUGGGCGUCCAAGAUCGGCAUCCGCCAACCCAUCAACAAAAGUCUCCGUUUUCAUAUUUGACAAGAAGAAGUUUGAAGCCAAUAUGCUUAGUAGCAAGAUUGUGCAGUCAAAAAGCUUACAGAAGGACCGUCAGUUUAUUAAUGCUACUUAUGACAUGUUGAGGAAUCAAGUAAACAACUUAGCGAGACUAAAACAUCCUAAGAUUGUUACCCUUGUGGCGCCAUUAGAAGAACACGCAAAGACUUUUAUGUUUGUUACUGAAUAUGUCUCCGGUAGCCUUCUCACUGCUUACCAGAAGUCUGCGGCAGAGCGUGAUCUGUUAAAUCUUCCAUUCCAUGAAUUAAUAAUCCAUCGUGGUAUACUACAAAUUUCCCAUGCUCUCGACUUCAUUCAUAACACUGCUGCUGCUGUUGUAUUAGAUUUACAGCCAUCUUCCAUUUUAAUUACGGAGAAUAUGGAUUGGAAAAUAUUCGGCCUUUCUCACUUAAUAAGGCUUCCUCCAAAUAAAACGACUUCAGAGUACUCCCUACCGCAAUAUAAGUAUGCUGCUCCAGCAUUCCUUCGCCCCAAUCACAACUUUCUUGCGCCAGAAGCUGUAUUGUCUGACACUAUAUCGCCAAAAAGUGACUAUUUUUCCUUAGGUAUGUUGAUUUACUAUUUGUACUUUGGCAAGACUCUGAUGAACUGUAGUAGUCACUCGGUCUCGUGUUAUAAAGAAGAAUAUUCCAAAUAUCAUGGCAGACUAUUGCAGCUGUCCUGGGCUACUGUGUUUAGUAACCUUCCAGAUAAAUUACGGUGUAACGUUUCCAAAUUAAUGAAUCGGGAUGUAUUCUCUCGGUAUGAAAACAUAACACGGUUUAUUGACUCUGACUUUUUCCAGGAUGCGGCAGUAAAGUCUAUGAUGUUCCUAGAUAAUUUGGCAGCAAGAUCAGAUGAAUCGAAGAUAGUGUACUUUGAAGGUUUAGUAAAAUUACUCCCAAAAUUCCCCCUCGAAUUAUUGCAGAAGAAAUUCCUUCCAAUUCUUUUGCAGGUAUUUGACCAAAGCUGUUCUAUACCAGAACCAAACGCUUAUCUCAUUAAAACUAACUUGAAUAUUAUUGUUGAAAUUGGUCUGUCGCUAUCUAAACUAUCUUUUAAUGAAAAGAUAACUCCAUUGCUACUAGAAAAGAAUAAUUUGGAUGUAGUAGUUAAAAAUGCACCUUCGUGUUUGAUUGAAAACCUCGAAACGUUCAAUGAAAAAUUAAAGCCAGAAGCUUUUAGCGAAGGAAUUUUGAGGCCAUUAAUUUCCCAUGUAUUGAAGUUAUCUGGCGUGCACUCUAUUGACGUGCAAGAACUGUUGCUAGGUAAAAUUCAUUUGAUAUUGGACACAUUAGACUAUACUACUGCUAGAAGAUUUUUCUUCCCAUUGGUUUCUGAGUUAUUUGCUAGAACUACGAGUUUAACAGUUAAGAUAGCAUGUAUAAAUACCUUCCAUGAAAUGGUUGAGAGAAGAGCUAUAGAUAAACCAACUAUUGUUGAGGAAUUGGUUCCGCUUAUGAGAGCUAUGAAGACUCGUGACUCUAGGGUGUUGAUGAAGUUCUUAGAACUUUUCAAGAGUCUACCCGACUGUAUCAAUGAUGAUGAGACUGUUGUUUUUAAACUCCUACCUUUGAUUUGGAACUAUUCAAUGGCUGAUACGUUGACACUCUCACAGUACUUGCAGUAUACGGAAACAAUUAACAAGAUUUCACAGACUAUACAGAAUUCUCACAUGGAAGUCGUGAAAACCAAUAGUAAACAGUCAAAUGAGAUAGACAGUUUUGAGGCGCUAAUUAAUAGAGAGGCGGCGGAUGACCCUGACGAUUUUCCUGACGAAGAGACAGAAACAGUAGCUGUGACCCCUUUACAACCAAAGAAAGCUCCAAAAAAGCCACAUGUUAACUCUGUAUUCAUAGCAAGUCCAAGUUCAAUACCAAGGUUUGACAGUCCUGCGUUCUCUUCUCCUUCCGUUGUACCUUCUCCUCCUCCACCUCGUACUAGGCAAGGUAAAACUUUCAAUCUCACGACUGCUGCUAUUAAUAAUAAGCCUCAACUAAUUGAAGAUGUUUUUGAUCCCGAGACAGAUGAAAGUGAGCAAAAUGAUCCUGCUGAAGGAAGUAAAAAUGCAAACGUCUACAAUGGCAAUUUUAUCUACAAAUCUUCUAGUGAACAAAAGGUAAAUAACAUGAGUAGCUCCAAGAAGGUGGAAAACUUUGGAAACAGUAAAAAGUCGAAUAAUGUUUCCAAGACUAACCGGGGAAACCAGGUUGAUAAUACAAACACUACAGCCAUUGUAAGAGCAAACAGUAUCGUGAAUAAUACCAUCAGUAAUCAAUACUCAGAAUAUGGCCCUUACAAUCAGAAUAGGAAUAAUGAUGAUGAGUAUUUUGAAGAGUUUGUUUAUUCUAAUAUUUCCAGUCCUCUUUCACUAAUAACUAGAAGAAUCACCUCGGCGCCUAAAUCGCCUCAUGCACCCACGUCAAAAAGUUUUGGAGAGGACUUUAGAAAUGGAGAAUCAUCUGCAUUGCCACCAAGUUAUAAGUUUACUCCGCUGCAGCCUCAUAAGAGGAUCACUUCUGCAUCUAAAGCUGCACCUUAUAGCCUACUCUAA